AUGCCAUCCCAACGACUCAGCCUAGCAAGUUUCGAGGACUUCGCAGGAAAAAAACUGUCAGGCCCAAUUGCAAUCUUCCAAGACUCCAAGCAAUAUACCUUUGAAAGAAAGAAACCAGUGAACGGCCACCCAGUCCAUCCAGCCAAGAUGCUCCUCGUCGGCCGCUAUCACACGCAGUAUGCCGCUUUUCCCAACGUAUGGGCCCAUACCGUGGGCGCUGGCAUCACCUACUACCUCAGUCUGCCAGGCACGUCUCUAGCCAAACUUGCGCCCGACCCCGCGAGGAUAUACUUCACAGACGAGCCGUUCAGCCGCAUGGUCGGUGGCAAGGAGGACGAGGUGUUGUACACGGCACACCAUGCUCAGCGCGGAUAUAUUCCUGGUACCAAUAAGUGGCGGAGUGUGAUUGAGGCGGCCAUCACUUUUAUCUUCCUCAAGACUGGACAUCUGAAAUAUGCGUAUGUUGCUGAUGCGAAUGGUAUGCUGAGUAACUUUAGAAUUGCAUGCAUGUACUUUGCGAGAAACACGUCGACGCGGUGUUCUGGCCGUGGUGUCAAACAGGGGGCGUGUUUGACUACCGAUUCCUCAACUAGCAAGUCGUCUGGAAGCGUCAGAGUCAAGGUUGAGCGAGAGGACUCUGGGGAUGAGUGGAAUGUUGACGAGAUUGCGGGGUCUCAUUACAGCUCCAAAACCCAGUUUCACCAAAAGCACAAACCCCAAUUCGAACGGCCCCGCCUCCGCCCGAACCCAAGACAGCGUAUCGAGCAGCACAAAGGAAAGUCGGUGUAUACGCCCUGCUGCGGACUAGAUACAGUAGUGGAGGAGCUGGAGAAGGAGUGCAGGGUGUUGCGGAGAGAGAUGGGAUCUAUGCGGCGUAAGUACAAGGAGGUUGUUAGGAUGUUGGAGGGCGGGGGUGGAGAGUCGCUGGGUGGGGAGGAGGAUGUGGAGAGUAACGGUGAUGAAGAUAAGGAUACGGACAGCGAUGGCGAGGAUGAGGAUACGGACUGCUAUGGCGAGGAUGAGGAUGCGGACAGCGAUGGUGAUGAUUAUCAAGAUGUUUGA